AUCUAUAUGAAUACCUUGCACGCCAUGCACCUCUCCAGACAAACCCUGCUUUCUCCUUUUAUUAUUUUCUUCACAUUUUUGUUAUCUUAUCGUAUUCAGAGUUAUAACAUAAACUCUAUAUAUAUGCCUAAUAUUUCGUUUGAUCAAUAAAACACUUGUCAUCCCAAUAAAAUGGGAUUAUUCUUCAGUUUAUUGGCAAAUCUAUUCAAGAAAUGUGACGACAAGCCUCUGCCAAUUGAAUCCAUAUUCAAGCUUCCUUCACCAAUACCCAAAUUUCCUCCAGGGGAUGGUUUUGCAACUGGGGUUAUUGAUUUAGGAGGGUUACAAGUGUGCCAAAUCUCUACAUUCAACAAAAUAUGGUCUGCUCUUGAAGGUGGACCUGACAACAAGGGUGCAACCUUCUAUGAACCAUCUUCAAUACCAGAUGGAUUCUUCAUGCUUGGGUGCUACAGCCAACCCAACAACAGGCCUUUAUUUGGUUGGAUUCUAGCAGCAAAAACUGUCACAAAUAACUCUUUUUCAUCACAUAGUUCUUUAGCUAAGCCAACCGAUUAUUCUCUGAUUUGGAGUAGCGAGUCGAAGAAAAUAAAACAAGACGGCGGCAACUGCUACAUUUGGUUGCCAACACCUCCUGAAGGAUACAAACCCGUUGGUUAUCUUGUCACAAAUUCGCCAGAAAAACCAUCCGUUGAAAAAAUACGGUGUGUCCAAUCGGAAUUCGCUGAUGCAAUUGAAGUUGAUGGAUGGAUUUGGGGAUUAGACAAGAAGAUCAAUACAAACAAUAUCAAUAUGUAUGAAAUAAGGCCAAAAGAUAGGGGUGUGAAUGCUCUAAGUGUGUCAACAGGAUCUUUUGUAGUUCAAAAUGUUGGUGCUACUGCUGACGUGUCACUUGUUUAUUGCUUGAAAAAUACGAAAAAUAACCUUAUGGCCAUGCCAAAUUUGUCCCAAGUUGAAGCACUGAUUCAAGCUUACUCACCUGUGAUUUAUUUCCACCCUGAUGAAGCAUACUUUCCGUCCUCAGUCGAUUGGUUUUUCCAAAAUGGAGCUUUGUUGUAUGAAAAGGGCAAGGAAUCUGAACCAAGACCGAUACAACCCGAUGGCUCAAACCUACCGCAAGGUGGUUCAAACGAUGACUUGUAUUGGUUAGACCUCCCUAAAGAUGAUUCAUCUAAAGAAAGGGUGAAGAAAGGUGAUCUGGCUCAUUCUUGUGCAUAUUUCCACAUAAAACCUAUGUUUGGAGCGACAUUUACCGAUAUACCCUUGUGGAUAUUCUACCCUUUUAACGGUCCGGCAAGGGCAAAAGUGGGAAUUUUUAAUGUUUCCCUAGGAAAAAUAGGUGAACAUGUUGGUGACUGGGAGCAUCUAACGUUAAGGGUUAGUAACUAUAACGGGGAGUUAAAAAGUGUCUACUUCUCAGAACAUAGUGGAGGACAAAUGAUUGAUGCUUCAGAUAUUGAAUUUGAAAAUGGAAAUAAGCCCGUAGCCUAUUCAUCGUUGCAUGGCCACGCGUUUUACUCAAAACCUGGGUUAGUUUUACAAGGAAGUGGCAGUAUAGGUAUACGAAACGAUGCAUCAAAGGGCAAAAUGAUGAUGGAUACAGGAAUCACUCCGAUGGUGGUUGCGGCCGAGUAUUUGGGGCAGGUGGUUGUUGAACCAAUGUGGUUGAACUAUAGUAGAAAAUGGGGUCCAAAAAUAAGCUAUGACAUUACAAAUGAGAUCAAGAAAGUGAGGAAUGUUUUGCCAAAGCUGUUGAGAGGUCCAUUUGACAAAUUUGUUAGGGGGCUUCCUAAUGAAUUGUUGGGUGAAGAAGGUCCUACAGGCCCAAAAAUGAAAAAUAAUUGGAGUGGGGAUGAAAAAUAUUAAUUUUAUUUUAUCACAAUUAUUUAUUAUAGCGUGUGUAAUUAUUAGUUAACUCAUUAUUGAAUUC